GUGCAGAUUCAAGAAUGGCCUCAGGAACAAAUACGCCGCGUUCACGCUCCCGCGCAAAGCGAUCUACUACAAACCUCGCAGACCUCCGCCUCGCACCGCUGUCGAAACAGUACGAACCGACCAAGGGUGACGUCCCACCAAAAUCACCAUUACGAACUCCGUACGACGCCGGAGAAGAUGCCUCGUUCGCACGCCAGCAUUUGUCUUAUCUCCAUGGAAAAUCUGCGCCUACUACACCUGGUAUUUUGUCCCGGAGCAAUUCCAGACGACAUCUCGGCGGUGGCCUGAGCAGGAAGAACUCCAUUUACGACAACAAUGAUGCGGAAUAUGAUGCAGAAGGGGAGACCGGAUAUACAUACUCUGCCUCUGCCAAUAUGCAUGCUUUCAACCAGAAUCGUGGGCGCACAGAAUAUGGAAGCGGGCAAAUCCCCAAAGCCAAGAGCGAAGCUGCCAUUACAGCACAGCAGAGGGCAGAAAUGGCUGCGCAGAGACUUGCUGGUCCGGGUGUACCUGUCAGCAAAAGAUACAGAUAUAGUAGCUCGCGGGGACGCAAGAGCGGCAAUGCUACUCCAAGGCCUACAGAGUCCGAUAACUGGUUGACACAUACGGGCUCUACAGCUUCCAUGCUCGUGAGAGAAGACAAGGGACAAAGCUGGUUGUCUUCUCGUGAAAGUGCCACAGCGCUAGCACCAGCAUCGUCUGAAGACGACGACGACGACGAUGAUCAUUACGAAGAGAUGGCUGCUUUGAGCUCGACUACGAACAGAUUACGCCUCGCACAGUACGAUGGUGGAAGUCCGGUCAGCCAAAGAACAAGUAGAUGGGGUAGCAGAUACGGUAGCCGACCUGCAAGUAGGAAAACUUCUCGUUUAGCAUCUCCCGUAGGGUCUAGGACACCACGACGAUCGGAACAGGCAGGAUAUUUUGAUUACCCCAUCACACCUCUCAUCACCGAGCCGGGCUUUGUAAGUCCGGAAGAGAAGCGUGGUCAGGAUGAGGAACCUGAAGAAGAUCUGGAUAUCGAAAAGCUGAGCGGCGAAAAUAGCUAUGGGCUAGGAAACUUGGUGGACCGUAUCAUGCAUUUCAACCUCUUCAGCGUGACCGAGCAUAUUGAUACUACAGAUGAUGAGAACGCAUACGCUGCGGUAGAGAAUGAGACUCCAGAAGAAAGCAGACGGAGGAUGGAAGCUGAAGCGAAGCGGAAGAAAGAGGAGAAAGACAGAUUGACUGCUCACGCUCCGCCGGCUCCACUUGGAGAUGGCGGCAAGGUACAAGGAGAGGUUUCUGGAUGGCAGGAUGCGAGUUGGCUGCUAAGUGUCGCUUCGAAGGUCAUCAUGAAUUGAAGCGGAAAUGAUUACAAAGCAUCAUGAUAAUUGCUUUGAGAAGCUCUAAAUCAUUCCGCCACUCUG